GAAUAGAACGAAAGGGAAAGAGUGGAGGAUCGGCUGAAUCAAAAGAAAAUAAAAAGGAAGAGAAUGAGCGGCGGCGGAGAUAUACACGCAGCGGCAAGGUCAGGUGAUCUUUCAAAACUUCAAUCAAUUCUGGCGUCUAAUCCGUUGGCCGUAAACUCCAGAGAUAAGCACUCCAGAACUCCACUACAUUUAGCAGCAUGGGCUGGGCAAGCACAGGUUGUGAGUUAUCUCUGCAAGCAUAAAGUUGAUGUCGGUGCUGCUGCCAUGGAUGACAUGGGUGCGAUUCAUUUUGCAGCCCAGAAAGGGCAUCUAGAGAUUGUCCGAACUCUGCUCUCGGAAGGAGUUUCGGCCAAAGCCACUAAUCGCAAGGGAUUUACUCCACUUCACUAUGCUGCACAAGGGUCGCAUCUAGAAGUAAUCAAAGUCUUAUUAAAGAAAGGUGCAAGUCUUAGUGCCAAAACAAAAGCCGGGAAAACCCUACUUGAUCUUGCAGCAAGUGAAGAAAUUUGCUCGUUUUUGAAAGAAUGUGAACAAUCUCCUAUGGUUGAGCAACCUGAUUCUUCAAGGCCACCAUUGCUGGAUAAACCUGAAAAAUCUGCUGAUGAAGCUACCACAGCCGAGCAAGAUGGGCAAGAGGAUGAGAGUUUAAAAAGGAAAAGUGAUGACAAUAACCCGGAAGACUUAUCGGAACCUAAGAAACCAAGAGUUGUUCUUAAUCACCUCCUUGGCGAAGAUGACACUCAAGAAGACGAUGAAACCUCUUGAGGACACUAGAUGAUUAGUUUUAGAUUAGUUUUUGCCAUUUGUGUGGAACCAUGCGAGUUUCAUCUUUCAAUGAUCAGUAAUGUAGUGCUGGAGAUUGCCAUUUUGUUAAAGUGGAUUGCAAUAUGAUAGCAGAUGCACUUAUGCAGUUAUACUGAA